AUGGGCAACAUGGGCCUCAUAAGGCAGGAGGAGGAGCUCGAGGUGAAUGCCUUCCACGUGUCCGCUGUUCUUUCUGCAGCUUCUAGAGGAUUCAAUGCCUUCCUGGAUGCCUGUGAGAAGGCCGGGCAGACAGACCUGGCUCUGGAGAUGUUUGCCAAGAUGCCCGAGCGCCUGCUCCAACCAGACAUCAUAAGCUGCAACACAGCGCUGCGUGCGGCGAGCUCAACCCAACACUGGCAGUUGGGACUCGCCUAUCUUCAUGGAGCCGAGGUGGAUGGUAUCAGUUACACUUCCUGCAUGAACUCGUGCCAGGGUGGCUUGUGGCGACUGGCAGUUGAGUUUUGGGAUCUGCUCCGAGCCAUUUCGGAGCCCAACCCAACUGCUUUCAACUCUGCCAUCGCUGCAUCGCGUGCUGAGUGGAAGGUGGCCCACCAACUCUUUGCAGAGAUGCUGGACACUGGGACGUCGGUGGAUUCUUACACGUUGAGCUCCUUGGUCACCUCGAAGUGGGAGGCUGCAUUGGCUUCUUUUCAUAUGCGAAGACGAGAAGCACCUCUAAUUAGGGGGAUGGAGGCUACAGGCAACGCACUACUUGAUGGCUGCCCUUGGGCUGUGGGCGUGGGCAUCUUGCAUCAGAUGCGGGUUGGGAGGAUCCAUGUGGGCUGUGUUGGCUACACGGCCUUGGCGCGAGCCUUCGGUGCUGAUCGCUGGCGCCAGGGAGCGGCAACGUUGGAGCAGAUGCACAGAAGGGAGGUGCAGUCGGAUAGCUUCUCCCAGAACUUUGCUCUCAGCCUCUAUGAGGAGGGCAGUUCUUGGAAAUCGGCUUGCUCGGCUUUGAGAGCUGUGGCAGAAAGUUCCAUGGUGCUUGGCAGAUUUGCAUGGCAGAUUUGCAUAAUGGUCAAAUGCCGCAUGCGCUUGCCGCGCCUUGAGUGCAAGAUUUGCCUCGAAGGUGCUGGAUCAGAUCGGCCACUCAGCCAUCUGAAGGGGUUUGCCAUUUGCUAUGGGCGUGGAGUCAGUGCCGCGAUGAGCACGUGCGGCACAAGCGCCCAGUGGCGCUGGGCAGCGCGCCUCCUCUCACACACUGAGAGCGUCAAGAAGGCGGGCCAGUGGGGCCAGGUCGGCUCCAAAGUGGUCGCGAAGAACUUAGCCCUUGAUGCAUGCGCGAAAAGCCUUCAGUGGGCUUGGGCGAUGCACCUUCUCUACCAAAUCGUCGAAGGACAUUCAGGCAAUGUGCCCGACGCAGUUACCUUCUCGACCUCCAUCAGCGCCUGCGUGGCCUGGAUUGCUCACUGGGGCAUGGCACUCUUCGUCCUCCGGACGGCCUGGGAAGCCAGACAGCUGGAGGAGACCUGCUGGUUUUCACUGUUGCUGCUCGAUGCCUUGGGGGAAGCAAGCCUUCAAGUGGGCGGCGUCAGUUUCGAUGCCGCCAUCAGUGCUUGCCAAAAAGGAGAAGCCGCCUCACGGGGAGCGCGGCCAAGUGGGCAUAGCUGUGGGUCUGUUCUCACGGCCUGUGAGCGAAGUGGGAACUGGAAUGUGGCUUUGGAUGCCUGGAAGAGGAUGCAAAGCCAGUGCUUGUCACCAGAUGAGACAAGCUUCGCUGCAAUCAUCAAUUCGUGUCGUAAUGGUGGUCGAUGGCAGCUGGCCUUGCAGCUCGCCAACUCAGGCUGCGGGGGCUUGGAGCAGUUGGAGGCCGGCGGGAGCUUGGAGAGCUCCUUGCACCUGCACUCGGCAGCGGUGGGCGCCUGCGAAGUCUCAGGGGUGCCGGUGCCAAGAGACCAAGAGAUUCAAGAGAUCGCAGCCGCGCGAGGUGCAGACUUUACACCGCUUCUCAGGGCACGCGAGACAGGGGCGCCGGGCAUCGAGGAGGCCGUACAAGAAUGGCAGAGGAGCCCCUGGCUGGCCACGGGAUUUCUUGGAGAUGUUGCAAGAAAGAAGCCCGAGGUCGCAGUCGACGUGUUGGGGUACCUGUCUGAGAGGCGGGUGGACGUGAACACAUUUCACUACAACGCAGUCAUCUCGGCAUGUGGGAAGACAGAUGGCUGGGAGUUGGCGGUACAUCUUCUGGAAGAGAUGAAAUCUGGGAUGGUGUCGCCAAGUGAAGUCAGCUAUGGUGCAGCGAUCAAGGCCUGCAGCAAGGGUAGCGAGUGGCAACGAGCUCUUGGAAUGUUCUUUGCAAUGGGGCUCCAACCCAACUUGGUCGUGUACACAGCGGCAAUCAGCUCUUUGGAAAAGAAGGCUCUUUGGGAAAUGACAGUUGUGCUUCUCGAGCUGAUGACUUCACAGUCUCUUCGAGCUGACGUGGUGUGCACAAGUGCAGCCAUGCGGACGGCGAAAACAAAUUGGGAGGUGGCUUUGCAACUUUUCCAGAACAUGAUUGACCAGGAGUUGGCGCCGGACCUCAUCAGUUUCAACACGCUCAUCAGCUCGUGUGAAGAGCAGGGUCUAUGGGCAGAGUCUCUGAUGGUGCUGAACUCUGCAAGGGAUUUCGGGCUCACGCCGAACGCCGUGAGCUUCAACGCUGCUUCAGCAGUAGCCCAAAAGGCUGGGCACUGGGAGGUUGCCCUCAGCCUGGUGCAUGAGAUGCGAGGUUCCGGCAUACAGACUGGCAUAAUCAUCUACAACGCAUGCAUCAGCUCCUGCCAGAAGGGUGCCAUGUGGGAGCUGGCCCUUCACCUCUUUGGGGAAGUUGGCCGUGUUGGGCUGCAAGCAGACGUCAUCACCUUCACUUCCGUCAUCAGCGUCCUCGCGCAAGUGGGACUCUGGCAGCUGGCGCUGCGGAUGUUGGCCGAGAUGGGCACGGGCACGGCAAGGCCCAACGAAUUCACCUACGGCGCCGCCAUUGCCGCCGCCGGGCGGGCCGAGCAGUGGGAGGUGGCCUUGGCUCUGCUGGAGGAGGCGAAGAUGGCAAAGUCGAAGGCUUCGUUGAGUGCCGGGACCUGCAAUGCGGCCCUGAGCGCCCUCGAGAAAGGCGGUGAAUGGCAGAGGGCUCUGCAUCUGCUCGGGUGGAUGGAUGCCAGUCAGGUGAUUCCGGACGGCUUCAGCUGGAACUCUUGCAUAAGCGCCUGCGAGAAGUGCGGGCAGUGGCAAGCAGCAUUGACGUUGCUGGACGUGAUGCAGAGAAGCUGUCGUCCAGACGAGAUUUCGUACAACGCAGCCAUCAGUGCUUGCGAGAAAGGUGGUCAGUGGCAGAUGGCGAUGGUACUCUUGAGUGCCAUGCCAGAGAAGCGCAUUGCUCCUGGGGUCGUGAGCAUCAAUGCUGCCAUGGGUGCCUGUGGGUCGCGGUGGCAGAUGGCCCUGCUCCUGCUUUUCCGCAUGCCCUCCCUAAAGGCUCAUCCUUCUCUGGUCAGCUACAGCACCGCGAUGAGCGCCUGCGAGCGUGCAGGUGAGUGGGAGAUGGUGCUGAGCUUGCUGGGCUCCAUGACUCCCAUGACUGUGCCUCCAGACCGGGUCUGCAUCAGCACGGGCAUCACGGCCUGCGGCAAAAACAACCAAUGGCCCCUGGGCCUCCGCCUCCUGCAUUCCAUCGCAGAGCCCGAUAGCGUCUGCUUCAAUGCAGCCAUCAGCGCCUGUGCAGCAGACCCGUACCUGUGGCAGUUAACUUUGGACCUGCUGCACCGCAUGAAGAUGCGAGGAAUCCCCUUGAGCGAGAUCACGUAUAGUGCCGUCAUCAGUGGCCUAACUCAAUGGGGCCUAGCCGUACAACUAUUGGAGCAGAUGCUGGAUGAGAAGGUGGUCGCGAAUGACAUCACCUACAGCUGUGUGAUCAACGUGUGCACCAAGGCGACGCAGUGGGCACCAGCUGUCGAGUUGCUUCGGCUUUUUUCCACGUUGACCACGCCUAAUCUCAUCGCGUACACUGGUGCUAUAUGUGCAUGUGAGGAGAGUUGUCAGUGGCGGGCGGCACUGGAUAUCCUGCGGCAGAUGUCUGAAAGACAGAUCGAUGCGAAUUUGCCGAGCCUGAGCAUCACGACGGAGGCGUUGUGGAAAAGCAGAGAGACGGAGAUGGCAGGGCAGCUUGCAGGACGAAUUUCACGGGAGACCUUGGACUUCUUUGACCCGAAAGCGGCCACGGCUUUCCUUGCCAACCUGCGCGAUGGGCAGAUUGCGCUGGAUGCAUUCCGGCGUUUGCUGGAAGGAAGGCUCGAGGCGAACGCCUUUCACUACAACUCGAUCAUCUCGACAUGCUCGAAGUCUGAACAGUGGCAGCUGGGUGUGCAGAUCUUUGGGCAGUCGCAGAGCAAGGUUAUUCUGAGUGCUUCCAGCUACAACGUGGCCGUGGCUUUGUGUACCUCCGCGGCUCAGUGGCCGGCUGUCUUCGAGUUGAUGCGUGGGAUGCACGUUGCCACUUUGCAAGCAGAUCAAAUUGGCCUGAAUGCGGGAAUUCAUGCCUGCACGGAAGCUGGGCAGUGGAGCUCGUCCUUGCAGCUGCUACAGAUCUCCGUGCCGAAUUACAUCACCUUCAACUCCGCAAUCAACGCUUGCGAUUCUGCUCGGAAGUGGGAAGCAGGGGUUUACUUCUUGAGCAGGAUGGCGAAGCUCCGAUUGUCCAACGAGAGAAGCUACGGCGCCUCGAUCAGCAGCUGCGGUCGAUCCAGUGAGUGGUGCUUAGCCCUGGAGCUCUGCAGGACUGCCGGGAUCAAGCUCAACACAAUCAUUCUGAAUGCAGCGACGACGGCAUGCGAGAAGGCGGGCCAGUGGAUGGCAGCACUUCAGCUGUUGAGGCCAAGUCUGGUCCCGGAUGUGAUCGGCUGCAAUGCUGCCAUCAGUGCUUGUGAGAAGUCGGGUCAAUGGCAGAGAGCCCUUGUCCUUCACCAGAGCUCCACAGCUGCUGAUGUGGUUGCUUUCAGCGCCGCUAUCAGUGCAGUCGGACGGUGCCAGCUGUGGCCAGCGGCAGUCCAGUUGCUGGAAGGGAUCUCGCGGCAUGUGGAGCCAAAUGCAGUGAGCUGUGGGGCAGCCAGCAGUGCAUGCAAACGGGGAGGGGAGUGGCAAAAAGCACUCUGGCUGUCUCUUCCUUCGUCGGGGCUACGACGAGGUGAGCGUGAACGCUCAUCGCCAAUCUGUGAGCUGGCUUGGAGGCUGGCCCAAUCCAGUGCAAGGAGUGGCGACGAACGCAUUGCACAACUGGUGGUGCAGGCCAGGCAGCUGAAUCUUGGGCAGCUCAGAGCGGAAGAGCUUGCAGUUUUGGUAUGGAGUUUUGCGACGCUCUCUGUGUCUGACUCCGCCGUUGACCGGCUCGUCGACGCUGUGGGGCACCGCUUGCGACACUUUGGCACGAGAGACUUGGCCAGGCUCUCCUGGUCUCUGGUGAGCUUGGAAAAGGAGUCCAUGCUGGAAUGUCUCCAGAAGGAGUUUUUACUUCGCUUGCGGCGAGUGGAUGUGGAUGCCGACUCCGCCAUCUCCGCGCUAACGCUUCUCUGGAGUGGUUCCCUUGCAGGAUGUCUCGCCCGGCGGACUGCCAGGGUCGUCGAAGGUUCCUUGGCGCUCUUUGGGAGGUCCCGUGAUGCAUCCCACAUCGUGGGCCCCCAGAGGAGUUUCCUGGGUCCCGCUCUGACUCGUGGCAGUGCUGACGGUCCUGACGAAGGUAAGGAGCCGCAUCUGGUGGUGUCGCUGGUCGACCUUGCCGUGGUACACAAGCCUCCGGAGUGGCAGGUCGACGACGGCGAACAUCCUGGAACGAAUGAGCCUGAGAGAGGCCUUCUCUCAGACUACAUGCAGGCCAUGUUCCCGAGAUGCGGCCUCCUGGCGCACGUCGGCCAUGGCCGUGGCUUCCUGCAUCGGCUGGACGUGCCAAGCUCUGGCUUGAUCCUCGUUGCCAAGUCUCACGAAGCCUGGUACCGAAUGAAGGCCCAGGCAGCCUGCGGGGACAUCCAGCGCGACUACAUCGCUUUGUGCCACGGCUGGAUGUGCCCUGAGCGGCAGGAAGUCGCUGCACGAGUCCAGUGGUGGCCUGAUGGUAGGAGAGCACCGAGCUCUGUGGAUGAUGCCGGGCGACUGGCAAAGACGAAGCUCAAAGUGACGAAGUCGCGAAGGACGGGCGCGAGAAGUCUUUGCCUCCUGAGCAUACGGAUUGUGACGGGCCGUAUGCAUCAGAUCCGACUGCACACGGCGCAUGUGGGCCAUCCGACCGUGCGAGACUCGAAGUAUUCGUCUCUGGCGACUUUCCAGGAAGAUGCCCUCUGGUGCCCGGACCAUUUCCUGCACCGGCCAUGCCCCAAGCUGUCAUCAGUGUACUCUCACAGUCUGAGCACUGCAGAGUUUGCGGAAUGGCUGAUUCCCAAGCUCCACCCGGACGUUGCAGGGGCAAGCUUUGGUUGGCAAGCUGGCGGUGUAGCGCACAGUGGAAAGCUUCAGCGGCUGAAGCAAGCUGGGGGAGGCAACGAGGAUGUUGCGGGGUGUGAUCUGGAAUCUGCUGCACCUCAGGCCAGCCGCUACGGAAGGACCUUCUCCCUGAACGCCCCCGGAAGGGCGAGCUCCGGGCGACGCGAGGUCGUGCAAAGUGUCGGGCUUGUCAGCGCCUUGUCCACUGGCUGGGAGCCCGCCCACGCCCUUGCUCGCAACAGUGAGGAGCGGGCAGCUGCUCAGGUCUUCCGCGCGGCAACGCCCGGUGUCGUCUCUGUGGCCCGUGGCUACCGGCAGGGUGAGAGACGUCGUGGUGGCGGUGAAGAUGGCCUGCCGCCUUCCCUCGGCAGCGGCUUCGUCUGGGACACUUCGCACAUCGUGACGAACUAUCACGUUAUUCGAGAUCUAGCUCCUGGGGAGUUGCAGAUCGUCUUCCUCGAUGCGGUGACCAGCAAAGACGAGACUGAAAUGCCCAAGCGGGAGAUCUUGAGGGGCGAGUUAGUCGGAGCCGACCCCUUCACAGACACUGCGGUGGUCAAGGUCGUCGCCCCGCCAACUGGCACGAUGGUCGUCGGCAUGCACCCACUCCCGACAGGGGAGUCCUCGGGACUCGAAGUUGGGCAGACGGUCUACGCGAUCGGAAACCCCUUCGGUCUUGACCACAGCAUGAGCCGUGGCAUCAUCUCUGGCAAAUCCAGAACACUCGACAUUGGAGAGAGGCCGAUCCAGGGCUGCAUCCAAACGGAUGCGUCCAUCAACCCAGGCAAUUCGGGCGGCCCGCUCCUGGACGCGGGUGGCCGCGUCAUCGGCGUGAACACCGCCAUCCUCACUGCCAGUGGCACCUCCGCCGGGGUCGGCCUGGCCAUCCCGGUGGACACCGUGAAACGGAACGUGGAGCUGAUCCUGAAGCAGGGUUUCGUCUCCCGCGGCUUCCUCGGCAUCACUUUUGCGCCCGACCAGAUCGCUGAUGCUCUGCAAAUUCCCGGCGUCAUUGUAUACGGCGUCAUACCCAAGAGCCCUGCAGAAGCAGCAGGAGUUCGCCCCAUGCUGAAUGGAACGAUCGGGGAUGUGAUUACCUCCAUGGAUGCGAAAACGAUUCGCACCGGUUCCGACGUCUUCCGCUUGUUGGACAAACGGGUUCCAGGAGACGUUGUGUCGCUGGGCCUAAAGAGGGCCCGAAGAGAUGUGGAUGGAUCGGCGGUCGUUGAGCAGUUGACCUUCAACGUGACGCUGAGUUCAACUCCGAAGCAAUUGUGA